AUGACGUUGAUUGUUGAUUCUAUAGAAUUUAAACGUUGCGCUUUAUUGACAACCCCGUUUGAAAUUGAACAACAAUCAUUCUUUGGUGGUGCACCAAAAGUUAAAAAAAUCAAGAAACCAAAACCAAUCCCAGUUGGUAUUUCAAGUAAUGAUGAAGCAGUCAUGAGAAAAGUUUUAAGAAGAGCUUAUCAUCUAGAUAUGCUUUUCAACAUUGCUGGUUAUAGAAUUGGUUACACUGGGUUGAUUGGUUUUAUUCCUGUUGUUGGUGAUAUUGCUGGAGUUUUGUUUUCUUUAUUAUUAUUGAAAACUGCAAGACAAGUUGAUGGUGGGUUACCUUGGGAUGUUCAAUUGAAAUUCCUAUUCAACAUUCUAGUUGAUUUCUUGGUUGGGUUAAUUCCAGUUGUUGGUGAUAUUGUUGAAGUAAUGUACAAGGCAAAUUCAAGAAAUGCAUUAAUCUUGGAAAAACAUUUACAAGCAAAAGGUGAAAGAAACUUAGGAUUGAAAAGGUCAGAACAAGGUCGAUUGAUUGAUGAUACAAGAAGUAUUUCAAGCUCUGUUAUUUCGGAAGAUGAUGGUGAAGAAUUAAAUCAUAUAAAAUCACCUCUCAAGCAUAGAGUUCCACCUUCAGAAAAUGUUGAGGUUCGAAACAACCUGAAUGUUGGUAAAGAUCCUUAUAAAUCUGCUAAUAUCUUGAGAGAACGAACAUAUUCAAGAUGA